AUGUUUAAGAUCGAUUAUCGAUUUGUAAUUUCCUGUUUCCGUAUAUAUCUAGUAUUGUAACUACAUUUUCAAUAAUAUAAAUAUAUGAAAAUGCUUAAUUUUCUGUAGUUAUUUAAAAUAUUUGAUUUGUCCUAGUAUUGUGCUACGUUAAUUUUUUAAAAAUUUGUAGUGAAAUUUUGAAUAUCGAAGUUGUUUCUGCUCGUCUGUUUUCAACAUGGUCUCCAAUCAAAAACGUAUGAGAUACGUUUCAGACGAUGCAAGCUCUUCUGAUGAAGAUUCAUAUGAAGACUUCGAUUAUCAGUCAAAAAAAGAAUAUCCUAAUUUUCAGAAUGAUAUGUUCGAACAAAUGUCUCAAAGAACGCGAAGAAAGCCAAGAUGUAUGUCAAAAAACGCUUUAAUAGCAAGAGAAAACCGCUUAAAAAAGAAACUUUACAUUAAUAAACUCGAAAAAGAAGUAACGAAUCUUAAAAAUGAUAAUAAAAAUCUAACAUCAGUUAUUAAUAAACAAUCAAAUUUAGUGAUGGAAUUAAAAAGAGAAAUUAAAUAUUUGAAAAGUGUUAUAGCUAAUAGUGGAGACAUUAAAAACUUGAUAAGGAAUAUUCAUAAUACAACAGGUAUGUCAGUAUCCUCUUCAUUGGAUAAAAAUUUGUCAUUGAAAACUGUUUAUGUUCCAAAGAUACCACUCGCAGAUGAAAAAAACGAAAAUAUUGAAGAAUUUCCGAAUUUGGAUAAUAUAUUAGGGGAUGAUAUUAAUUUAAAUAUGGGUUGGUGUGGUAAUAUACCAGAUUUUCCUUUAACCACUCCAGAUUCUGUGAGUUUAAAAGUAGUGUCUCCUUCAAAUUUAGAAGCCGAGCAUAAUUAUACGUCACAAGCAGAUAUUGAUGAUGUGGGAGUUUGUUUGCAUGUUUCAAAGCACAGAGUUUCCUUGGAGUUUUGUUCAAAUUGUAGCGAGAAGGCAGAAGAAUCCUGGGAUCAUCUUUAAAUAAAUGUAAAAUGUCUGUAUCAUUAUUUACUAUGUGAACAUUUAGGUUUAGUUUCUAAGAUGGAUCAGUUUAGAUAAAAAUAUUGCAGGAGCGACGUAGUACAGGGUGUGCCAUAAAAAGUUUUGAUCAGAAUUAAUGGCAGAUAAAGAUAGGUUAAACAUGUGAAAUUACAAAACUAUAGGUUUUGAAUGACUUUUUUCUCUUCCCAUGUAGCUAGUUUCAGUGUCUGUUCUUUCUGUGUGUCUUUUCGAUCAAUUGUCUUGUAGGGGUUUCACCUGGAGAUGUUCUGGUCAAUGAGUCCCGCCUAGAAAAGGGGUUUGAUUCCUUCAUCAUCUGGACAUCUAUAUGUGAUUCUGAUUUCUUUUUUGUGUUUAAAUUUUCAGUCAUUGUUAUUCUAACGAAUAGACAGGGAAAUAAAACGACCUUAAUAGCAGAGUCUGGAUACUAUUAGAAGGCUAAUUACGAUUAAAGGGCGCUUAGUUUCAUUGACCCACCAAUCCAUUUUGGUAUAAGAUAUUGUGUACAAAAUUCAUCUAAAAGUUCAUGUAAAAUUCGAAAAUAACUUGAAACAAUUUAAAGUACUAUUAAAAAUUACUUCUACCUCUGGAAGUACGACAAUUAUAUUUGUACUCGCAUCAUCAUUUAAAAUUUUUAACACAUCUGCAUCUGCCAUUACUUUUAAUCAAAACUUUUUAUGCUACGCCUUGUAUUUAGUCUAGGAAACAAAGCACAAGGAAUUUCUGAGCAGUAGGAGGGAUCAAGAUGCAACAAAGUGCAUUAAAAACGGGAAACUUGUCGAAUAAAAUUGUCAACGAGAAUUGAAAAUUUCAUUUUUAAUAGUGUAUUUUUAAUGGUUCAUAAAUAAACCAUUUAUCACUACAUGGAAAUAUUCCCUAAAAUGCAUUCGCCAAAUACCAUAUUCAUGAUGCUCUGUGUUCCAGGAAAUUGUGUCAUUUUUAUAGGGACUAAACGCUCUUCUAGUUCACAUCCCUCCAACUCAUUUAAAGCUUAUUAAAAUAAUAUAGGUACCACAUAGGUAAUCGCCGUCGUAAUAUUAGUGUUCAGCGACCUGGAAAAUCCUGGAUCUAUAUAUUGCUCCAAUUUCACAACGAAUUUCCAUGGGGCUCCAGGAGACUACUUACAAACCAGUUACACGGGGCACCAGAUACCUGCAGGUCAUCGCGGUCGUGAUAUUUAUGUUCAGCAACCUCGAAAACCACCAAGUAGUAAAAUUGAACUCAUUUCCAGCAAUAUUUUCCGAGUUUUCAUUUUUUAACCAUUCAAGAUGCAAUUUUUAUUUCAUAUUUAUAAUUUUUCUUCACAAAGAUUCAUUAGGUUUUUACAAAUCGAAUGUUUGUCGCAUUUUGAUUCGUUUUACUUCUGAGAUAUAUUCCUAAGUUUUGUCAUUUUUUGUGCUUCGUUUUUUGGAUUAAAUUAUUAAAUUAAAUUUCUAUUAUCAUAUGUCGUAACUGAUCUAUUUAUGGUUUAUUAUAUGAAAAAAAUUGUGAUAAACUCUUUCCUUACACUUUAUAAACCUCACAUUAUAUCAUAGUGUUACUGGUGAUUUUUUUAACGUUUCAGGGCCCCGGCUGUGGAUAUGAGUGAGGCGGAAGGAUAGCAGACUUAACCUUCUUGUCUCAAUUUCUUAAGGUGGGAAUAUUUGUAGUAUUGAACUCCUGGAUGCCAAAUCAAUAUUUGAAAUUAAAGUUUCUGAUAUUUCACUUACUACAUCUUAUUUCAAAAUAACAAAUAACGAAGUAAUCAUAUUCGGAGUUCAAAGGUACACAUUUUCGUGGAAAAUCUUUUAUAAACGGAACAUUUUUAUGUUUAUUUUGUUUUUCACUAGAAAUAAAAUAUUUGAGAAUUUUAAGAAAAUUUUUUAAUAGAUAUUAAAGUUAAUAAAGAAGUAGGUGGGUCGAAAUUGACAACAAGAGUUUGUUUGUUAUCUACAUGUCCCACAGUAAUUUUUAUCAUGAAUAUCUAUAAAAACGCUGAUUAGUAAUAUUUUUUUUCAUUUUAUUGAAAUUAAUUAAGUCUAAAAAUUUAGACAGUUUUUUAAAUAUUUUAAAUUGAUAAUUUCAGUUUUUCAGUUGAUAAUAAAAACAAAUAUUUAAUUUUAAUUUUACAACUUUACUUACAAAAGUAUGUAGCUAAGUCCGACAAGGGUGUAACCAAACUUGGGCCCUUGGGAUUGUUCUUCUAUGUGGCUCAUAAUUUAAAUUUCGAAAUUUAAUAAAAAAGUAUAAAUUUUUGAUAAACUAUUAACCACAGGAAUGAGUCAAAUGCAAUCUAGAGCAGAAACAAGAAAAUAAAUUUCACAAAAACUAGUUCUCUCAAAAUCAAACUAUACAGGGGCUGUUUCAGAAUAAUUAUUACAUGCUUAUUUCAUUUAGGGAGCACUAAUCAAUGAAAAAAAAAUAGAAGGCAUGCUCUAAGCUUGCCGUUUUUUCUUCUGAAUCCAUCAUCCAGACAUUUAAUUAUCGAAGACAAUUCGUUUUCAUAUAAUCAAACUGUACAGGGACUGUUUCAGAAUAAUUAUUACCUACUUAGGGCAUUCAGAAAGGCUUCAUUGGAUAAAUAAAUUAGAAGCCCUUCGAUUCUUUUUGUGAAUCAUCCUCAGGCAUUCAUUUAUUGGAACCUGUUAGUUUUCACAGAAUCAAACUACAGGGGCUGUUUCAGAAUAAUUAUUACUGCUACUUUUCUUCCUCAAUAAUAAUCUGAACUGGUCUCAUUCCCUAGUAAUUUUUUCUGAUACUUGUAUUCCUCAGUAAUAAACUGGACGUUUGGUGGUUUCACUGUCUUUCAUGUUUUACUGAUCAUUGAAUUCUGUAACUAGUAACUGAGCAUUGAUUUUUGUUGCAUAGCAAUUAUAAGUUUAUAUUAAAUUCUUGUGCUGAACGAAAGAGGAUUUGAAAAAUUAAAUGUUGCUUUAAUCCAACAAAAUCUAAGUAGAAAAUUGACAAAUUAAUAUACUUUAGAUAUUGGUAGUCAUCAUAUAACUGCUAUAAUUAUUAAUUAACGAAAUAGAAAAAAAAUUGAUGAAAAUUUAUGACACGUUACACUUAUGAAAAACAAACAUUACCCCAAAGUUAGGGGAGAAAUAACACAACGUUGGUUAAUAUAUUUUCAAUACAAAGGGUGUUAAAAUUGUUAUGGGGGUUAAAAAUGAUUAUUGUGCGACAUAAAAGUGAUUCGAAUAUUAAGAACAAAUUUUUUUUCAACGUCACUAUCAAUUAAACAAAAUGUUCUUUAAUACAAAUAUCGAAAUGGCAUUUAGGUAGUUCAUUUACCACUUUGUCUGAAACACUAGUAUUAUAUGUGAUUUAAUUUCAGUCGUCAACUAAGCUCCUAGAUAUGGCUGAAAUCAUGAAAGGAUAAGUAUGAUCGAAAAGUUGUAUCGUUCCAAAUAAUUAUUUUUUUUUUCAAAUUAACAUAUUUAUAUAUAUAUCAGAUCAAUUUUUUAUUAAAAGCAUUCGGUUUUGUUUUAAAUUUCAGCUCGUCGAUUAUUGGCGACAUGGAGAUAUUCAGGAUUAAAGUGUAGUUAUUAGGAUAAUAUUCUAAGCAGGUAUGUUGAUAAACCGUGUAAGGAAAGAGUCCAUACAAAAUAAUAUUUUUUUUGUAAAAUGUAUUAUUUUUUACAGUAGAACCUCGAUAAGUUGUAAACCAAAGGUAAACGUUGAAUAAUUUGCUCAAAUCGAGCGAGGGUUAUAAGUUAAGGGGUAUUUUUAUUUAUUUUUUUAUAUAAAAGAUUUUCUUUUGAACCUUGCUAUGAUAAAAUUAUAUCCCCUAAACCUGCAAACCUAAUAUAAACCUAAGAACUACCAGUCACUGUAUAGUAUCUGGUCUUUUGAGCGUUUUAUAAGUUUAUAACCGACUCGAAGCACCAGAUAGUGAAUCAUCAUCGUCUCAUAGCUUCUAGUGGAGCAAAGGGUAUCUGUAAAACAAUUAAAUCGAUUUGACCGUUUCUGUAGCAUCUUUCCAUGUAAACUUUAUCUGUUCAUCCCUAUGUUCAUACAUACAGGUAUUCUUUUACUUGUUGUAUGACCCAUCCAUUUCCCAUUUUCUCUUCGUAAUCGUUACACCCAUUUUAUUUUCUUCAGUUAUGUUUGAAAUGUUUUAUUAUUUUUCUUGUUUGACUAAAAAAUUUUGUUUAUAACUCGUAGGUAUCUGAACGAUUGAAUUUUCUGGAACAUCUUUUUAUUAUACAGUGGGUGAUCGUUAAAUAAACUAUAUCCAUUUACCAUAUAUGGUAAUUUGAUUAAUUCUUCAGUAAUUUUAUUUUCUCUCUCCUUUAGGACUUUCAAGAAAUAAUUGAUAACAAUGUCGUUGUAGAGAUCAGCAACCAUAUUGACAUGGCUUGGGUGCCAUUUUAAAACCAUUCACUUCAAAAGAUUUUUAAUAGCAUUUGUCUUCAUCUUUUUCAGAAGAAAACACAUUUCGUUGAUCUCUUGGUGUUCUUCAUUCAAUAUUUCAUGGGGUUAUUAGAAUCUCAUCUAUAAUUCCAGUGCUGUCACCCUGAUCACCACCUUUUCCUUGAACGAAAGGAUGGACACAGCUUUCGCCAGGCGGAAACCAACUAUUGUUGAUUGAUUUCUGACAUAGCUUUGAGAAUGUGAAAUUUUUUUCUAUCCAUAGUCAUGUUUGUGUAGAGUAGGCAUGAUUCAAAACAGCACAGGAGUGUACAAUUUCUUGAAACUUGCAGUAACUUCUUGAUCCAUUGAUCAUUGAUCCAAGUCGUAUACGGAGGUAAAAUUUGCACUGUCAGUCAAAGCAAAUUCUCUUUGAGGUCCUUUGGGUACCCAGGUGCGUUGUCCAAUAGCAGCAAUGCUUUCAAUGGUAUCAUAGUAGUCCUUGAUGCCAACCUUCAGUCUCUGAAGAUAAUGAUUUGGUUAUCAAAACGCACGUGCGUUGGUCUAGUGGUAGUGUAGACAGUGUUCGGUAGCAUACUAGCAGACUUCCCAAGCGUUUAAUGCCAGAUCUCCUUUUAAAUUUUGAAUUCUAGAUUGGUUUUUCCAAUUUUUCAAAAAUUUCUCUGAAAUAAAUGAUGUAUCAUUCAUCCAUUUUCAGGAGGAAUUGAGGACUGGCGUCGAUUGUUCGAAGGUUUUCGUUAGUAUUAGUUUUUGUUUCUUGUCGGAAAAUGCAAAAAUCUAUCCAGAAAUGAUUGUUUUGAAUAAAUAUUGAUCCCGCCUUGAAGGAGUUGUUACUCCUUCAUCUAUUCCAUUAAAAUGUAGUUACCUGUGAAAAAUUCAUCGUUUUAACAAUAAAAGGAUAAUAUUUUAGUUAAAAUCAAAACCACUCAAAUUCUUAUAGUUUCAUAUGAAUAGAUUUCGGUUUAUAUUGUCCUUUUUUUGUCGGCUCCUUCUGUUUUUGGUUACUCCUGUAACUUCUUUCCAUUUUAUCGGUUGCAGUCAGUUCUUCUUCAUAUUCAUACAGUUCUACCUCUUUCUUUUACCUAUUUACCUUGAAUGCUUGUCGGGUUAUGUUUUGUGGCCGGUUUUUGUAGUUACAAUACUUUUAGAGGUUAUGGUUAUUGAGGUUCUAUUGGAUACGUUCCACUUAACGUUUACAAUCCGUUCUGGUAAAAUAUUUGUGAAGAGAAUUGGAACGCAUAUUUUAAGGUUAAAUACAGUGAUUUAGUUACCAGGUACAGUUUGUAAUAAAUAUUUAACGUGGAAAUUUAAUUCAACAUGGUUUUCCGUGAAAUUAUAAUUGGAUUUACACUUCAUCGACAGUUUCCAUAAAUUUUCAUUAUAUUUUGGGACGCGAUUGAGAACACCGUAGUCGUGAUGACCACGGGCCUUAGGUGGGACGGUACUAAGGGUGUUAUAAUUAUUGCGGGCGUUAAGUGGAACGUACCUCUCAUAUUAUUUGAUUUAAUUAUGAGGAUAUGCGUCGUUAUAUGAAUAUUAAAAGAAUUAAAUACA